CCGCCAUCGAUCCACUCAUCCCAUCAACAAGCCAUCCACACUCUUCUCCACGCCAUCUCCGCCCUUACCGCGAUACUCAAAGCCCACCCACAGCUCGCACCGUCGCGCGAGUCGCCAGCAGCGUGGACGUGCCGUGCCGCACCGCGCUAUCUCUACCUAUCUCAACCCAACCCACCUAACACACACCCAACACUACGCUCCCCCCGAUAAUCCAAAAUGCUACAAUCCUCCCGCCGCUGGCUGAAGCGGAAUCGCACCCCCUUCGCCAUUGGAGCGGGUGUGUUGGGCGCGGGGUACAUGGUGGGCCAGUAUGUGCUGGGGAAGCUGGGGGAUGCGAGGGCGCGUAUGGGCGAGGAGAGGGUUGCCAGGGAGAACCUCCGCCGGCGCUUUGAACAAAACCAACAAGACUGCACCUUCACCGUGCUCGCCAUCCUGCCCACAGCGACGGAAAACAUACUCGAUGCGAUCCCCGUCGAGCGCGUGCUGGAGGAGCUACAACGCCAAAAGGCGGAACGACUAUCGCGCAGUGUAGGGCCAAGCGAGAUUGCGAGCUCGGCACCGCCGAGCGUUGUUGACGGGGGGGACGACGACGCGCGCAGCUCGAGCAUGCAGACGGAAAGCUACAUCCACGCCAGCCAGGUGGUGACGGAGGGGGACGAUGGCACGCCGGGAAAUGCAGAGGUCCCCGAGGAGAGGAAGAGCAGGAAGAGCACAAAGAGCAAGGCGCAGCUGUGGAACGAGAUGAAGAUCACCUCCAUCACGCGCGCCUUCACCCUCCUCUACACUCUUUCUCUUCUCACGCUGCUUACACGUAUUCAGCUCAAUCUGCUGGGUCGCCGGAACUACCUCGCUUCGGUUGUGUCGCUUGCUGCGCCGCAGGAGGCGUCGAAGAUCAAUCUUGAGAAUCACGAUGAUGACGGGUUUGAGCACGCGUACGGCAACGACUUUGAGACGAACAGACGUUAUUUGAGCCUCAGCUGGUGGCUUCUACAUCGGGGGUGCAUAGAAUUGAUCGAGAAGGUGCAGGCAGCCGUGACCGAGGUGUUUGGCCUGCUGAACCCGCGCGAGGAGAUAUCGCUGGAGAAGCUGUCGGAGCUUACACUGGAAGUCCGGAAGCGCGUUGAAGGCGCCACCGAAGCCGAGCGACGAACCAGCAAAUGGCUACGCUACCUGCUCCCCUCGGCUGACCAAGAAGACUUCGUCCUCCGCGAAUCUGGCAUGACGGAACCUACCUCCCCAACUACCACGUCCUCGCUCCGCCGCCUCAUCGACGAAACAAGCGACCUCGUCGACUCCCCCGCCUUCUCCCAUGUCCUCACCCUCCUCCUCGACGCCGCAUUCAGCCACCUCAUUGACGUCAAAAUCUCCUCGCUCAGCUACAAGAUCCCGCCCGUCAGCGAGAGCACGGCGCGUAUUCAAGAGCUGGUCGGCGACGGCGCGAAAGCGAAGGUUGCGAGCUCGCUGGCCGUGUUCUGCAGGCAGGCGCAUGGCAUUGGGUCGGGCGCGAAUAAUGAGUACCUGCAGGCUGUGGAGAGUGUGGGCGCGUUGGAGGCGUUUGCCGCGGUGGUGUAUAGCAGUAAUUUUGAGUUUGAGAGUCCCGAGGUGGUCGUCGAGACACGGGCGUUGAUGACGCUCGAGGGUCCGGAGAGUGUGAUGGUGGGGAAUGUCGGGCUUGUGCAGGGCGAGCGUGAGGGGGGGAGUCGGGGGGUUACGUUGGGGGGCGAUGAUGGGUUUGAGAGUGCGUGGGGGAAGGCGGUUGCGAAGGAGGAUGAUGGGCUGGUUUAUUAGUGCGGUAAUUUGAUGGAAUAGGUAAUGUGUAUGUAUAAUGGGCGUUGGUGGAGUGAUUGUGAAAGAUACCCGCAAAUUGAUUUC